CCCUGAAUCCCUUCUUUGUCCUGAGGCCCCCGGCGGGCACCCAGAUGUAUCCGACGUCGUGUUUUGGAGCCGCAGCACCAUUUUGGCUCAAGCCUCCCAGGCGCAUCAGCGGGCGCGGCACGGGGCAGUUGGAGUCCACCGCACGACACCCGAACGGCGGGCACGGCAUGGGGCAGUCGGCGCCGCCCCGCACCGCGGAGGCCACAACAGUGAGCACACUGGCGGGCAGCGGCGACCCGGGGUACGCGGACGGGCAGGGCGCGGCGGCCCGCUUCCGUUAUCCGACGGGGGUGGCGGCGGACGGCGCGGGCAACGUGUUCGUGGCCGACCAGGGCAACCACCGCAUCCGGAAGAUCUCGGCGGGCGGAGCCGUGAGCACACUGGCGGGCAGCGGCGACCCGGGGUACGCGGACGGGCAGGGCGCGGCGGCCCGCUUCUGUGAUCCGAUGGGGGUGGCGGAACGGCGCGGGCAACGUGUUCGUGGCCGACGGGGCAACCACCGCAUCCGGAAGAUCUCGGCGGGCGGAGCCGUGAGCACACUGGCGGGCAGCGGCGAUAGGGGGUACGCGGACGGGCAGGGCGCGGCGGCCCGCUUCCGUUCUCCGACGGGGGUGGCGGCGGACGGCGCGGGCAACGUGUUCGUGGCCGACCAGGGACAACCACCGCAUCCGGAAGAUCUCGGCGGGCGGAGCCGUGAGCACACUGGCGGGCAGCGGCGAUAGGGGGUACGCGGACGGGCAGGGCGCGGCGGCCCGCUUCCGUUCUCCGACGGCGGUGGCGGCGGACGGCGCGGGCAACGUGUUCGUGGCCGAACAGGACAACCACCGCAUCCGGAAGAUCUCGGCGGGCGGAGCCGUGAGCACACUGGCGGGCAGCGGCGAUAUGGGGUACGCGGACGGGCAGGGCGCGGCGGCCCGCUUCCGUUAUCCGACGGGGGUGGCGGCGGACGGCGCGGGCAACGUGUUCGUGGCCGACGAGCGCAACCACCGCAUCCGGACAUUUUUUUCAGCAAGUAUUUUCGCACAUCCAGCAUUCAUUGCUCACUUUCAUCGUUUCAUUGGUACAGAGCAGGCCCUUACUCUUCUUCAGCUCAAGGAUGCGAAAUUCAUCUGGGAAGGUAUAUUUCAAGGAUUUGGAAUCGACUGCGCGGGCCUCUCUCAGGAACGAGGGCUUCGAGGCAUUUGCAGGGCAGGAGUUGUCGCAAGUGUGAAAUUCGACAGCUAUGCCCAAGGAUCAGGUGGUCCAAAGGCAGCCGCUGCGCACGAGGUACAUUUGAAGCUGAAGCCCAAAUACGAAGAGUCUGGUGGCUAUCUGUAUUACCCCAGCUCAUUUAACAAAAAGCGGUGCAGGGAACAGAAAGCGGGGCGUCGUUGCCACGGUGAAUGCGGAAGUCUCAGGAGUAAGCCAAGCGAGGAUUCGUGUUGGGCGUUCUCUUUCCGCUGGCACUUGAAUCUGAUUUCAGGUUGGGGUAUCAUGCUGCAAACCGUUGAGCGGGAUGGGAUCCUGGGUGAAGGCCAGGAGGAGGAGGCUGUGAUGGCUGCAUCGCUGCGGAUCCCAAUCGUGCAGUGCCGGUAUGAUGAGGACCGCUACGUUUUCAUGUUCAAGGUGCUUGGCUAAGUGCAAUUCGCAGGAGGCUGCGCUGCUGCGGCUAUUGAAGCGUUGGGCCACUUUGUCUUUAUUUCCUGCUCUGGGGACCAUUCCCGUCCACCGCCGCCUGUCGCACGGUGCCCCCCGCGGCCUCUCGAGCAGGUCCUCCAGGGGCGCAGCUCCGAGCCGUGCGGGCCGUGGCUCUCGGCCUUCGGUGCCCUCGGCCACCUGCACGGCCACACCCAGAUGGUGCAUCCCAGACCCCC